GUAGUAGAGUCGACCCAGAUGUCUUACAUCCUGCGUAUUUGACAACACUCGCUACAUUCUCUUAUCGGAUCAAAACAACCAUGUAAUGUAGCGAUAUUCAGCCGCGAACGUGUUAGGCACACAUCGAGUGUACAUUUUCGGGGAAAAUUGCGGGUGAAAAAGAAUAAAUACGUCGUUUUUCCUUUUUUCCCCCUUUUUCCCCCCCUAAUCGAUGGACAUUUUGAUUUCUGUUGAGCCGCACGUAUCGUUAUCGUGUUCCGCCCCGUCGUUCCCGCAAUUGGGCAUGAUGGACACUUGACGUGCUUGCAAUACAAAUACGUCCACUAUUUAAGAGAAAAAAAACCAACAACCGUGCCGCGGCCUGCGGACGGAGGGAAAUUUAACCUUCGGGCCUUGUGCUAUAGCUGUAUACAAUUUUAAAAAGGUGACAACAAUGAGCUUCUUCAGUUUCGGACAAAGUGCGGAGAUCGACGUGGUGCUCAACGACGCCGAGACGAGGAAGAAGGCAGAGCACAAAACAGAAGAUGGCAAGAAGGACAAAUAUUUUCUCUUCUACGACGGAGAGACCGUCAGCGGCAGAGUCAACGUCACGCUCAAGAGCCCCGGAAAGAGGCUGGAGCACCAGGGCAUCAAGAUUGAAUUUGUCGGACAGAUUGAGCUGUAUUACGACAGAGGGAAUCACCACGAAUUCGUUUCUCUGGUGAAAGACUUAGCGAGGCCCGGUGAGAUGACCCAGUCGCAGACAUUCGAUUUUGAGUUCACUCACGUGGAAAAGCCUUACGAGUCCUACACGGGCCAAAAUGUCAAACUCAGGUACUUCCUGCGUGCGACUGUGAUCCGAAGACUUAACGACAUCAGCAAAGAGUUGGACAUCGUGGUGCACACACUGAGCACGUAUCCCGAACUCAACUCCUCCAUUAAAAUGGAAGUCGGCAUCGAGGACUGUCUCCACAUUGAGUUUGAAUAUAAUAAAUCCAAAUACCACCUGAAAGACGUCAUUGUGGGGAAAAUCUACUUCCUGCUGGUGAGGAUUAAGAUAAAGCACAUGGAGAUCGACAUUAUUAAGCGGGAGACGACCGGCACGGGCCCCAGCGUGUAUCAUGAAAACGACACCAUCGCCAAGUAUGAGAUAAUGGAUGGAGCACCAGUCAGGGGCGAGUCAAUCCCCAUCCGGCUGUUCUUGGCGGGCUACGACAUGACUCCCACGAUGCGAGACAUUAAUAAGAAGUUCUCAGUACGCUACUACCUAAACCUGGUGCUGAUUGACGAGGAGGAGAGACGUUACUUUAAACAGCAGGAGAUCACGUUGUGGCGGAAAGGCGACGUGGUGAGGAAAAGCAUGUCCCACCAGGCCGCCAUCGCCUCCCAGCGCUACGAGGGCUCGGCCGCCUCGGAGAGCGCCUUGGAGCAGUGCGCCAAGGAGGAGGCCGGGUACGAGCCUCGCCUUCGAGCAGACCGGGGGUCCCCGUGAGGCAACUUCCUGUCUGAGGGAUGACGACGAAGGGAGACUAGACUGGACUCAUCCGUCCUAGCUUUGUUGUUUGUUUUGCUGGGAAUCAAACUAAAUCACCUCACGCGUUAUAAUUCCUCCGAUUUCCACGCUAACGCCAUUCCGUGUGUACUCUUAACGCUUUCAUUGAUUUAGUUUAUUUUGAACGAACAACAUUCCGGUUGGGAGCUCUGAAAUGUGAACGCACUCGAGUGUCGUUCAAUUGGUGCGAAUGUGUAAAUAAGAGCGGUUCAAGGCGGCAUUCCAGCGGCUGCGACAUCCAAGUGUUAGUUUGGUUCGACACCUGCGUGUGUCCUCCUGCCACCAAACGUGAUUUUAAGUCUUUGAAAGUAGAGCUAUUUAGAUCUUUUUGCAAAGCGCUUAUGACUGGAUUCAUUGUCCCCAAAUGGUCAAAUAAACUGAUGCCAAAUGGGGAAAAA